AUAUAACUUGUGUGGCGUGUCUCAUGUUUUAUGCAAAGGAAUAAUUUAAAAGUCGAGAGUUAGAUCACAUAGUUAAAGUUUUAUAAUACCGAUGCAGGAGAAUUUUUAAAUAAUUAUUUGUCAGAAAACAGAAAACAGCCAAGAUGUCAGCAUUAAGAACUAUGUGCAUAUACAUCCGAAUAUUCCUAGACAAAAUGAUAGAUUUCUUAUUCUCACUCUACUGGGAAGGGAAGAAGAAGGUCAUACCAGAUUUAGAGAAGAAGCAUGCUUUCCUCGCCGACAGCGCUACAAAAUUAGCGAAGAAGAUAAAACAGAAGGAGCUAAAGUCAGAAGAGUUGGUGCAGGCGUUUAUUGAGAGGAUUAAACAGGUAAACCCUCUCGUAAACGCAAUCGCAGCGGAACGUUUCGAAACCGCACUAGAAGAAGCAAGGGAAGUCGAUCGUUUAAUAUCUGAAGGAUUAACGGAAGAAUUGUUAAGCAAACCAUUAUUGGGAGUCCCGUACACCACCAAGGAGAGCCAGGCGGUCAAAGGCAUGCCGCUGACCAUGGGUCUGUGGUGCCGACGCAACGAAAGGACUACCGAAGACAGCGAUGCGGUUAUAAGGUUGAAGGCUGCUGGAGCCAUUACCUUGGCCUGCACCAAUCUGCCUGAGCUACUUAUCUGGCAGGAAACCCGCAACCCGGUGUAUGGCAUGACUACCAACCCACACCACACGGGCAGGUCUCCGGGAGGCUCUAGCGGUGCCGAGGCCGCCCUAUCUGCCAGUUACGCUACACCUAUCAGUUUAUGUUCUGAUAUCGGAGGCUCAACUCGCAUGCCAGCGUUUUACUGUGGAAUGUUUGGACAUCAUCCUACAGUUGGAACUACUAGUACCAAAGGUUGUUUAUAUCGCAAUGGUGACGAAGACAGCAUGCUUUGUUUGGGCUUUAUAUCCAAGCAUGUCGAGGAUUUGGCUCCCUUGACCAAAAUCGUGGCGGGAGACAAGGCUGAUCUUUUGAAGUUAGAUAGAGAUGUAGAUAUUAAGAGUAUUAAAUUUUAUUAUGUGGAGACGAGUAAAGAUUGUCACGUGAGUCCACUCAGACCUGAAAUGACAGAUGCUAUGCAAAGUGUGGUUACAAAACUACAACAGGACUUGAAUUCGACCGCUCAGACCUAUUACCACGAGGGUUUGGACUACAUGUACAAACUAUGGUGCUACUGGAUGAGCAAGGAGCCAGGCAACUACGCAAGCCUGCUCAACAAUGGCGUAGAGGAGGUGCAUGGCUUUAGAGAGCUGACGAAGAAGAUGUUCGGACUCAGCAAGCACUGCUUAUUUACUAUUCUACGCGUUCUGGAGCUGGAACUAUUUCCGAAGGCUGAUGAGGAAUGGGCUGAGAAUCUUACGAAAAGCUUCAAGGAAGAUUUAUUUGGCAAACUUGGUGAUAACGGCGUGCUACUUUUCCCGAGUGCCCCCCACGCGUCCCCAUACAACUAUUCCUGUUACCUGCGACCCUACAACUUUGCCUAUUGGUCGUUGGUCAAUGUACUCAAAUGCCCAGCUACACAGGUUCCCCUCGGCAGGAACAGCCUAGGCCUCCCAAUAGGCAUUCAAGUGAUAGCGGCGCCUUACAACGACGCACUAUGUCUGUCCGUGGCUAAAUACCUCGAAAAAGAGUUUGGUGGUGCCAUUCCGGCGUGUAAAGUUAAACAAUAAAUGAAGCAAUUUAUUAUUAAGGUUACAAAUAAUGAAGUUUUAUUAUAAUAAAAAUGUUUUUGUUA